AUGGCAUUGAAGGGCACAAAUUCUGUCCUGGAAAAGCCUGGAAGGCUUCGUUUGGAAAACCGCAAGGCUCUAGUUGCGGUUUAUGAGGAUAUUUUGGAACUCCUGGCGCCGGUGGACCUUGAUAUUCAGAGAUUGGAAAGGAUGAUUGUGGAUACUGGGCAAUUUUGGGGCGAGGGCGAUGACGCAGAUGAGAAGGACGCUAGAUUGCAGCAGUCAUUUUGUGGGUGGAAAACUGAAUAG